AUGCGUGCGGCCGCGAAAAGUGCCUCUCAUACCUCAGCAGCAGGUGAUUCGUCGCCUGUUGUCGUGAAUCCUCCACGUGGCGAGUCACCACGUGCGACAGGUACAUCUGCUGCGUCAGCAGCGGGUACCUCGAAAUGUAAUGAAGACGAGUCUGAGAUAGAGCUCAUCUAUUCCGGCGAGUCGGAUGAUGCAUCCGACUCGAAGGCGACUCCUCCGCCUCGGGAUCACCCGGGGCGGACGCUGCAAAAUCCAGGCUGA